AUGGAUCAGCAAUGCGCCCCCAUUGAUUCUUCAGCCCACUUGAGAUCGAUUGCGCCGCCGGGUCAACCCAAUUCCUCUUCAUCACCCGGACACCAGCGUAGUCUCAAACAUCGUGUUCCACCUAUGCUCGACUCGGCGCAUUCCACUGUUGUUCCACUUCUUUAUCAGCCUCACCAAGAAUGUUGUACUCCCUCUAAUCCUCCUUUCUCCUCCCCUCAUCCCCUUCAACAUCCUCUAUCAUCUAGUCCUUCUCUGUCUCCUUGCCCUUCAUAUCUGCAUGCCUCUCCAACCUCUUGGCCGCCCUCAAGCAUUUCUUGUCUUGGAUCAACUGAAAAAUCGCCGCUUUCUAGAGCUUUCCCAUUAUCUGACCCAUUGUCUCCGGUCUCACCUGUGACACUCUCUUGCCAAGGCCACUUGGCCCAGGUGGGCAAGUUGGACAAUAGGAACGCAAGAUCCCCAAGUGGCAGAAGGACAAGCGGCUCGAUCUUGGCCUCGGGUGAUUACCGGAACAGAAUUCCCCUGUCAACCAGCGACGAAUCAUCCAGACUCAAUCCCGGUAGGUGA